CUCCCUUCGAUCUUCAUCUUCUCCAUUCCCUUUCUCUCUCAUCAUCACAAAAACAAAAAGGAAAAUCAACAGCAGAGAAGGUCCGGUCGAUGGGGAAAUUCGUUGAAUUGUUGGACGUAGGAGUAAGAAUGGCGGCGAGAUUUCACUCUCACUGUCCUCAAACUGCACGGCUCUACUACCAUCCUCCCUCCGAUCACGACUCCGACGGCCACCACCACCACCACCAUUAUUUGCACCAGAUUUUUCAGGCGUACGACGGCGGACACUCAACGGAGCUAGUGACGGCAUAUGGAAUGAAGACGGUGGCCAUGGAUGGGAGUUUUGAUGCGGAGAAUGUGUUUCAUUCGGCGGAUUUUUGAUGAUGUUGAAUUGAUUUAGUGGUUUUCUUUUUUGGUGUAAUUUAUGAAUUGUGCAUGCCAUUACACAUGCCAAUUGAUAGCUGAAAUUGUUAUAAAUAAAAAGAAAAUACAAUUGUUUUACGGAUACAAAAAAAUUCAAAUGAAAGAGUUUCGAUUUUUUGGAAUAAUAUUUGAGAUUGAAAUUAAUUA